GUCAGCUUGAUGAGUGAAACGGUUUUACUCCGACAUAAAAAUAGUUCUUUGUCCGUUUUAAAUAACUCCUCGUCUCCCCGCAUGCUGACACACUCACAAAGUGGCAAGAAGUGAAAACAUCCAGGAAGAAACCGACUUAAGCAUCAAGAAAAAUGAAGCUGUUGACAGUGAUACUACUGCUGAUCCUGAUUGACGUCUGUAUUAGUUCCAGUGAAGCGAGGCAGAAUAGAAGAGGGAGAAGAAGCGACAGCAGUCAUAGUAGCCACAACAGCCAUCACCAUAAACCAGGUCCUACUGGAGCAACGGGAGCUACUGGACCAACUGGAGCCACAGGAGAAACAGGAGCGACGGGUCCUACUGGACCCACAGGGGAAACAGGCGCUACGGGACCAACUGGACCCACGGGAGAUACGGGAGCUACUGGACCAACUGGCACAGGAGAAACAGGAGCGACGGGUCCUACUGGAGCUACAGGGGAAACAGGCGCUACGGGACCAACUGGAGCCACAGGGGAAACAGGCGCUACGGGACCAACUGGGGCCACAGGAGAAACAGGAGCUACUGGACCAACUGGAGCCACAGGACCUACAGGUCCAACUGGAGCCACAGGAGAAUCUGGUACUCCCUUCAAUCGACCACUGAAUUGUCCAGAUGGGUGGGAGAGGAAUAGUACAAGUUGCUACAAAUGUAUUGACAACGAGAGGAUUGAUUGGUUUGAUGCUCUCACCUAUUGUCAAGCCGAAGACGCAAAUUUGGUCGCAAUUGAAUCCCUCAGUGAACAAAUGUAUCUAAAUUCAAAAAUAAUGCUAUCGAAUAGCACUUAUGAGACCUGGUGGACGGCGGGAACUCAGAGUCAUGAGGGAUAUGUGUGGAUAGGGGGCCAAAGUUUUCCGACCGAGGACAUUACAACAUUUUCAAAUUGGGCAACUGGCGCGCCUACAGACGGAUUUGCUGUGGAAAUAAAUGGUGAUGGGAUUUGGCAGGAUGGAGAUCCAGAUAAUACCAAUCAUUUUAUCUGCGAGAUACAAUUAGCUCCACCUUCUGGACAUUAGUACUGUAUUUUUAUAUGCCUACGUUGCUAGUGAAUUGCGUAAUGUUUAAUGAGAUUUCUCCCCAGGUAUCACUAAAAAGAAUAAUAAGCCCCG